AUGGCCAGGGCCUUUUCAUCGGCACAGCUGUUCGAGUAUGACGUUUUCCUGAGCUUCCGGCAAAUAGACACGGGCAAGACAUUUGCCGACCAUCUCUACCACGCUCUCCGCCAAAGCGGCGUCCGAGUAUUUCGAGACAGCAAGGUUUUGGAGGAACGCAAGGAGAUCGGCAGGCUCUUUGACGUGAUCGAGAGGUCGCGGAUCUUCGUAGUCGUCUUUUCUUUGAACUAUGCACGCUCCACUUGGUGUCUCACAGAGAAUGAAAAGAUCGUGUGGGUAGCGAGGACGGGAGAAGCUGGGAGGCUAAUCCUUCCUGUUUUCUAUAGAAUUGAUCCAACCGAUGUGUGCCAGCAGACGGAACCGUUCACAGGCGCCGUCCUGGAGCACGAGAAAGAUAUGGGGGUGAACGACGAGACGGUGAAGGAAUGGAGGGAGGCUUUGAGGAAGGCAUCAAAGUUUCCUGGUUAUGAAAGUGAGAAAAUACCAGACAGACUGGAGGCAACGCUAGUUGACAUGAUUGUUCAGAGGAUCCUAAAAGAAUUAGAUAAAGCUCCACCAAAUGUAGGCGAGUAUCUUGUUGGAAUCAAGUCGCGGGCAAACGAUAUCAUCAAGAAUUUGAAAAUCGACUCUUACGAUGGCGCAAGAAUGGUGGGAAUCCAAGGAGUGGGAGGCCUUGGCAAGACAACAGUUGCGAAGGCUGUCUACAACAAAAUUUACAGAUGGUUUGAAUCCUGUUGCUUCAUUGAUAGCAUUGGGGGAGAAUAUUCUCACGGAACAGAAGGACUCGUCGGCUUGCAAAGAAAAUUGGUGUCUGAAAUGUCUGAAAUUGGAGUACAGAAUAACAUAUCUAAUGCCAGUGAAGGAACUGCUAUACUUCAGAAGAUUUUGCAGAAGAAGAGGGUACUGAUUUUUCUUGAUGACGUUGAUAGUAUAGAGCAAAUUCAAGCAAUGGUUGGAAAACAGGAAUGGUUCCAUCCAGGCAGCAGAGUCAUUAUCACUACAAGGGAUGAGGGAGUGCUCGAUGCUCUUCCUGAUUGGGAAAAACAUAAGAUCUCCAUGCCGCUAAUACAGCUGGAUGAAAAUGAAGCUCUCGAACUUUUCAGUUGGUAUGCUUUUAGAGAAAACUCCCCAGCUGAUGGAUAUGAAGAGCUAUCCUUGGGAAUAGUUAGGGCCCUCCAUGGUUGGCCAUUAGCUAUUAGAACCGUGGCAUCAACUCUGACUGAUAACAAAGAUUCAAACGAUUGGCAUAGAAUACUAAACGCCAUGAGGGGGCUUGGUCAUAGUUGGAUUUAUCGCCGACUUAGUAAUAACUGGAUUUACCGAGGACUUCGUCGUGACUGGCUUUACCGGAGACUUGGUGAUUACUGGAUUUACCGGACGCUAAAAAUGAGCUAUGACCGUUUGAGUAGCAGAGAUCAGAAAUCCAUCUUCCUUGAUGUUGCCUGCUUCUUAAGUGGAAUUGAUCAAGAAACUGCCAUUUUCAUAUGGGAUGCUUGUGGAUUUUCGUCAAGACUUUCAGUUGAAGCUCUUACUCGCAAAUCUCUAAUAAAAAUCGUUAAUGGCAAAUUGGAGAUGCACGACACUUUGCGAGAACUGGGCAUGCACAUUGUUUUAAAUGAACCUGGAAGCGGACGCGAGACGCGGAGUAGGUUGUGGACCCAAGAAGCAAUGAUGCAUGUGCUACGGCUGCAAAAGGGAGCAAGAAAUAUAGAAGGAAUCAGCCUUACUUACCCAAGGCGGAGAGAAAAUGGCCAUGCCUUAAGAUUCCCCAUCAAUGUUGUGGAUUUUGCCUGGAUGGACAGUCUUAGAUUGCUCGUGAUCAAUCAUGUUGACUUAUCUGGUCAAUGCAAAAGGAUGCCUAGAGGUAUCAAGUGGCUGCAGUGGCAAGGGUGCCCGCUGAAAUUUCUUUCAUCUGAUUUUUAUUUCAAGGAAGUCGCUGCUAUGGAUCUGUCAUAUAGCAAGUUAACUGGAGUGCAAACAAAGCAAGCGCUGUCUUCGAGCAGUGCGGGUUUAGGCAUUGCGAGAUGGCUUACUGGACAAAGAAAAGCAACAAAAACGGCCUUUCGAAGCCUAAAAUUUCUUGAUCUCACCGCCUGCAAUGAGUUAACCGAAACUCCCAAUCUGUCUGUAUUCCCUGGCUUGGAGAAAUUGGUGCUGGAUCGCUGUGAUAAUUUGCUUAAGGUCCAUGAUUCUAUUGCAAAUCCCAAGAGGUUGGCGGUAUUGAGUAUGAGCAGCUGCGGAAAGCUGAAGGAGCUCCCUGACUGUAUGUCAUCCUUGGCUUCACUCAAACGGCUAAUCCUUGCAAACUGCUCUAGCUUGGAAAGCCUGCCCGACCGCAUUGUUCAAUUGAUAGCCCUUGAGGAACUUGACGUUUCCAAUUGCAGUAGCUUGAAUAAACUGCCAGAUUCAGUAUUGAGGGAAUUGACAUUGAAAAAGCUUCAGAUUAUUGGGUUCCCUAAUUUGGAGCCCGUUGGUAACCCUGCAUCCGGAAUAUACCGCUUGCAUGAGUCAAAUCAUUCAACCAAGGACCAAUAUGCAAUGAAGCACCUAGAUGACCGGCAUUUAAAAUACCUUUAUUUUUCCGGAACAGGGAUACAGAAGUUGCCGAUCUCCAUUUCUCUCCAGAAAAAUCUUCACUUGUUGCAUCUAAAUAACUGCCAACUGCUAGCAGAAGUACCAGAAUGGAUUGCAGACUUAUGCCUUCUGGAAGAACUUUCACUCUCUAACUGCCCAUUGAUCACAGGAAUGCCUCACACCAUAGCCUCACUAGAGUACCUCCGGUAUCUGAACCUUUCACGUUGUAAUAGAAUUCAAGCUUUACCUGAUUGCAUCGGAGAUCUUGGAUCACUCAUUGAGCUUCUCUUGGAAAACGUAUCAUUGAUGGAACUGCCAGAGUCUGUGGUAUUUCUGAGGAAGCUAGAGAUCUUACAUCUUGGUUCUUGCAAGAAACUUGAGAGAUUGCCUUCUUCCAUUGGAAAUUUAGAAAACCUGACUCAGCUUCUCCUUCAUGGCACUAAUAUCAAGGAGAUACCAAGUUCAAUAACAUCGUUACAAAAGCUGGAAUUGUUGUCGGUAACAGGAUGCAAGAGACUCAAACACUUGCCAGUUGGACUAAGUGAAGACUUGCUUCUCCUAUGAGGCAAAUCACAAGUAGAAAUAUGAAGGAAUCAUUGACAAGAAGAAAGUCUGAGACGAUUCAGAACAUACUUGUGCCUCUUGUUCUUAUAAUGGGCAGGUUCCGCCACGGACCCUCCUUUACCACAAAUAUGGGUUACUGACAAUUGGUUAAGUGAUUUUUUGUAUUG